UAUUUAUUAGGGUAACAUGGAUUGUUGCCAUCGAUGUAAAGUUCUAAAACGCCAAGUGCGAGUAUAGUGGUUACGCUAUGUCCUAUAUCGCUAGCCAAUUCCUUUUCAAUGGAUGGCUUCAAUACAGGCGCUUUAAAACCAGUACACGUAAGUAACACAUACAGGUAUACAAUUUUGUAUAAUAAAAUAUAAAACAUAUAAUAACAACGUCUGGAAGACAAAAAUUAUUUUAUACAAAGCUACCUAUAUAUCUCAUACACUUCAUAACAACGAAAAACAUUUAGAACUAUAACAAAUUCUAAUACUGCUACUGUUGGACAGCUUACAAUAUAUUUAAAAACACGUACUUAUAUGUAUUUGUAUAACGGUAUCUUUAUUAAAAAUAUACUGAACAUUCAACUAUCCGAGAGGCUAAUAAGAUUCUAAGUUUUUUUUGGUGUAGUAGGCCUUUUCGACCUAUAUAUUGAUAGCUAGCAUAGUGUAGGACUUUUCCAAACCUAUUUAAUACAGACGCAGAUGAAUUCGAGCUCCUAACCUCUCCAUAGAUAUAGUUUAUUACGUAUGCGAAUCCUUUCAACAUAUUUUUGAUUGUUAAUCGAUAUCAUAGUAUGAUUUAUCUUCGCGAAACGUUCAUUUGGCACAACUGUUUAGCAGUUAUGAGCAAAAAAUCGUGUGCGUAUGUGGGACAACGCUGCGGGACUGUCAAAUCGCGUUGUACUCCCUCAUGAACCCUGUAAUAAUUGUGUGCAAUAAAAAAAAACUCCCUCGCAGCGCCACCUAGACAUCUGCAACUAAUCCGUUCGCGUGUCGGUAUUCUGUGGCGUUGACGUUUACAUCUUCAUUUACGAUAUCGUUAGUUAUGCACGUUCGCGGUGAUUUAUACUUCUGCCAAGGGUAAUUUCUGCUUUUGCUUUUCUCUGGUGGUUCAAACAAGUCGGCGUAUAAAAAUAAAUCAAAUUUGGCGAAGUAAACAUGAACGAAGAAAUAGACGAGUCGGAAUUUUAUCACCAGGACUUCACUACUGCUUCCGAUUGGGAAAUAUUUAUAGCUCGUAUCGAAGAGAUCGUGAACCAGUGGAAAAACGAGGGUUACGCUUCAGGCACGAUCGACCGAGGGCCGUGGCUCGUGAAAAACGAAAAACUCGCCUUCAUCGACACGAAUUUCGACAUUUUCGCGUAUCGAAAAGUCGAUCGGCCCGACAUCAAGAAAGAUUUGGACAGUCCGCGACACGUUAUCGAUAGCUGGCACGAUUUCAGCUUAGAGGACGAGACGACUAGAACGCGAGACCUGUGUCUGUCGCAUCGUUACGGGCUGGACGAAUUCAUCGUGCUUCGAACGUCUGACAAUGUCGAUAUAACGAGCGAGAGUAAAAUCAAAAUUUUACUGAGUUCCCUGUACAUAGCCUCCGGAAACACCCGUUGCAACAUACCGAUGUUUGUCCAGAUCAGGGAGGCUUGGCAACAUUUAUAUUUGGGCGUUUACGAACUGGACAAUAUCCGUACCGAUUUCGAGAUGGUCCAUUUGAAACGCGGCCCCCAAAACUGCUAUUACUUGGCGGGGCUUUUGGAACUGUUCAAGAGCAAAGUGAGGUCGCCGUGUACUCUUGAAAACGUCGUCGUUUCCGCCCAGUCGACGUACGAUUUGGUAGAUUUCGGCGCUGCGCUUUGGAAACAAGAAACCGGUCUGGAUAACAUGGACGUGGAGGACUUUUACGUCCUCCCUUUCGGUGUGGCGAUCGAACCGAUAACCGGUAUAGUUUUCAAAGCGACGUGGCGCCACCUAUCCGAAUAUUCCGUGGUGGACACCGAGAGCUAUACGGAUUUCAACCCCGUCAACGCUCCCGAUUGGUCCUGCUCUGCCAAAUUCACGAAAGAUCCGUUGUGCUUGCUCGGCGACAAUUUGAACGAGCUGCUCCACAUUGUAAACAGCAAGACGAGCAUUUACGACUUGCUCGGCGAUUUUAUCGCGAUGCCGGUGACGGCGGCCCACAAUCCUCUGGAUCGUCUUACCCAGCCGGUCAUUCCUAGCGUCGCGACGUUUUUAAGCCGCGCGGCGCGUAAUUCGGUGAGCGAGACGCGAAAAAGCGCCGCCCCCAUCCCCAAGGCCGUAUUGGAGCCCCUGUUGUAUUUCCUUUUCCCGGACGCCGACGAACGAUCAGAUUAUCCCUACGGAUCCGCCAAAGAGGAGGAGCCUUUGGCGGAAAAUGAGAUUCGCAACAACGUGGCGGAAAAAUUCAAGGGAUACAAAACUUGCGCCGAAGACUCACUGGUCUGGAGACUGGCGACGGUGUUGUCGCAUUGCCUUCAGAGCCUCGGCGGAGUUAAGGCGUUCUGCUAUCUGUGGUACGAGUUCGUGCAGGAAAUGCGCUACCGUUGGGACAAAAGCUUGUCGAUUCCCGGAUUAUCGUCCGGCGUGCCUGAUCUGAGGACCUGCUUGCUGAACCAGAAACUGCAGAUGUUAAACUGUUGUCUCGAACGCAAGAUGGCGCGGGAGGUUCUGUCGUACGCGUCCGCGGAAAACUCCGGCGACUCAGAAGACGAAUUUUUCGAUUGCUUCGACCGAGUGGACGAGGCAAAGAAGCGCGAGAAGAAAUACGCCCCGUGGAAUCAGCCUGUCGGCAGGCUAACCAAGUUCGGGGACUUGAAACUGAUCAAGACCGGGGAUCGGCUCUAUAUCCCGGUCACGCAGGACCCCGUUCUGAAGACCGAAGAUCAAAUGGAGGAAGAUACGGACAUAUUGCUCCAGCUCGGGUCGGACCAAGAGGCGUCCGAGUUAAGGGCGAAAAUCCUGAGCGCCAGCCUGUUGUCCGACAUGGAGUCGUUCAAAGCGGCGAACCCGGGCGCCAUCUUGGAGGACUUUAUCCGUUGGUACUCGCCGCGAGACUGGAUCGAGGUGGACGAGCAGGACGAGUUCGGUCAGAAAAAGGGUCACCUGAGUAAACGGAUGAUGCUCGAGGACAACAUAUGGGUCGAGAUGUGGAACAACGCGAGACCGGUACCGGCUAACAGACAAAAGAGACUGUUCGACGACACGAAAGAGGCGGAAAAGGUGUUGCAGUAUCUGGAUUUCAGAAACGUCGGCCAGCUGGUGGAGUUGUUGGUGCCCGUUAUAACUCACGCCGCGGUACGCAGGGUAAUCACGGAAGCGCAGAACCUGGGCGUCGCCCAAACGGUGGUGGACGGUCGGUGCGACCAACUGCUCAAACUCGGCGAGAGGAUAACGAGGGACCACAAGUUCCAGGUCAAGAAAUUCGAAGGAUUUAUCCAGGAGGUGACGUCGCUCGAACUGACGAUCUCUCAGAUUAAUUCAUUGCAGCAGAAGCUGAACAGCGAAGUGAAUAAGGACGAGGCUGUUAGCGAAGCCGUCGGCAAUCUGGCAAUGGGGAGAGAGGUAGAGAUAAAAAACAAAGAGAGCUCGUUGAUGGGGUCGAGGUUGGUGUCGAUGUUUAGGAACGCCAAAAAAGAGACUCAGGCGAUUUUCCCCUCGCCGACGGCCAGGGAGUUCGUCCUGAGGACGAGCUGCGUCAGGCCCAGCGUCUACUCGGCGAAAUGUCCCCAGAUGUUGCGCGCGUUUUUGGGCAAAAACGAGUUCAGGCUGACGGGAGCCUUUUCCGGGGACACCGCGUUCUUUUAAGGAGGAGGGCAAAAAGUUGUUAAGUUUAUUUUAUAAAUUUUAUAUUAUACGUAAACAUUUGUAUUUUUCGUUGUUU